AUGGUGGAUUGGCAAAAGGCACUUCUAAUGAUGUUAUUGGCGCUCCUGAUCUAUCCGAAUGAUAUUUUUGGCGGCGCUUUUCAGCCCGAAUUCUCUGGCCCUAUCACCAAUCUAACAGUGCCACUCGGGAGGGACGCCACUUUCACGUGUCUGGUGAAACAUCUAGGAGGUUACAGGGUCGGUUGGGUAAAGGCGGACACGAAGGCGAUCCAAGCUAUACACGACCACGUGAUCACGCACAACCAGAGGGUGUCCGUGUCCCAUAGCGACCACUCUAUAUGGAAUCUACACAUCAAGGGUGUCCAGAAAGAGGACGGCGGCCUUUAUAUGUGUCAAAUCAAUACGGAUCCCAUGAAGAGUCAGACAGGUAUGCUGUCUAUUGUUGUGCCACCUGAUUUCGAUCCUGAAGCUACAUCAAGUGAUAUGAUGGUGGGCGAAGGUGGCCAGGUGAAGUUAACGUGCCGGGCGAGAGGCGUACCCGAGCCGCGCGUAUCCUGGCGUCGGGAAGACGGCAAGCCCAUUAUAAUUCGGGAGCCAUUUGCAGGAAGCGCCCCGAACCAGAAGUCUCACGUUUCCGAUGUGUCCGAAUUUCUCGGCGAAGAACUGAAGUUGACGAAGAUCUCGAGGAACGAGAUGGGGGUUUAUCUGUGUAUUGCCAGCAACGGAGUUCCGCCCGCGGUCAGCAAACGUAUUUAUAUCAACGUUCAUUUUCCGCCAGUGAUUCAGGUACCCAAUCAGCUGGUCGGCGCGCCCUUGGGGACCGACGUGGUUCUGGAAUGUUUCGUCGAAGCGUCGCCGAUGUCGAUUAACUAUUGGGUCAAGGACCCUAAGGGUGCGAUGAUAAUAUCCAGCGUGAGGCACGACGUCCAAACGCUGACGAAGUCACCGUUCGAGGUCCGGAUGAUCCUCACGAUCCGCAACUUGCAGAAAAACGACGUGGGAACGUACCGGUGUGCGGCCAAAAAUUCCCUCGGCGAGGUCGAGAGUAGUAUUCGAUUAUACGAGAUCUCGGGGCCGACGAAGACGCAAACACCGGUGUUCUAUGACGAAGAGGACGAGGCAGUGUUCGGUUCCGCGGAGAUGGACAAGACGGAGAACAAGCCACUGGCGGUGGAUAACACGGUCCACGGACAUAUGGGUUAUCCGUCGCUCGUUACGCCGUCCUCCACGAUUCGCAUCGGCAAGAAACGACCGAUCAACGUCAGCUCAAGCGCUGAUCCUUAUCCACGACGGCUCUUCGUUCUGGUAUCACCGCUGUUGUCGCUUCUAAUCGUUCGCCGAAGUUGGUGA